UCAAAUCGAUCGUCGUGUUCACCGUGGCUUACACUCCACCAAUUGCCCGCCUCCCUCGCCCACAGCGCUGUAUCAUGAAUGCACAGGGGUGCAGGGAAGACGUUGCCCGGGCGCGCACCAACGACGUCCUGAUAGGCAGACCAGCUCAACCCUCCCCCCCCCCCCGAACUCGUCUCUACCUGGGCGGAAUUGUGCACACGGGCCCUCCGAGAUAUUUAAACAUGCCAGCUGCUUAUACGGCGGCGGCACGUCGGUCAGCGACCUGCCUUGCUCCCGCCGUCCGCCUCCGUCCCGUUCUCCAGAAAGGCCAUCGAACCGCCCCCUGCUCCAGAGGCGGCCUCUACCGGCCAAGCAUCUCGGCUUCGCCCUCCCCCCCUCCUCCCCCCGCCCUAAGCUACACCCUCGUAAUACGUGGUACAUACUACGUACGUGCGUAAUCCCUACGUGCGGGGGCCAGACGAAGCGAGAGCUCACUCCGCUCGUCCCACCCGACUGACUGCCCCUACUCAUCCGCGCCCACUCUUCUAAACCGCCGUCGUCAUGAACAGCCGCUCGCCGGCCCCGCGCCGCUACGGCAGCGCGGACUUCGAGUCGGACACGUCGUCGGUGUACUCGGGGGGCGGCUCGGCAUACUCGGUCUGGUCAUCGUCCGAGUCGGACUCGUUCGUGUGGCGUGACGACCCGUCCGGGUUCUACGGCAUCGCCGGCGCCGUCACGCGCUACGUCGACGAGCGUGACGACCACACCCGCCGCUUCGCCGCCCACAUCCUCAGCGGGCCGUUCGCCCAGUUCUACCGGCGGCAGCGCCGCGCCGCGCGCAGCUCGCGCUCCCGCGGCAAGGUCGGCGGCCCCGCGGCCGCGCCCGCGCCCCAGCGUCCCCCGUCCCAGCCGCAGCCGCCGCAGGGCCCGGUCCCCGUGCCUCCCCCGUUCCAGCCAGGCCCGUUCCAGAACCCCGGCCACGGCGAGUACGACGAGUACGACGAGUUUGACGACGGCGGCUACGGGGGCGGCGGCUACGACGGCUUCCAGGGAGGGUUCCAAGGAGGCUUUCAGGGGGGCGUUCAUCCGCCCCCGCCCCCGCCGCCACCACCGGUGCAGCCGGCCGGCGGUGGCGCACCUGCGGGGUUUGAAGGCGGCUUCAUCCAACUCGGAGGCCCCGGAGGGCCGCCGCCUCAGCCGCCGCCGGGAUCUAAUGCUUUCUUCGCUAGGGGCUAGGAGCUGUUCUGUGAGGUGCGGUAGCGACCAAAGUACCCGCCCAGGGAUACGGAUUUCCUUGUGUAGGUGCCUACUCGAUGUCUGUCUCCUUCUGUUUCUACUUCCAUGUCUUUUCUAUCCAUCUGCGCGAGGACGGUCGGGGGUUUCUAUAGGUUUUACGCUAUGUUACGCCAUGCCAUUCUACUAUGUUAUUCCAUUCUCAAGCCGCGGCAUGCUAUUUUCUUCUUUUUUUGGCUUUUGAUUUCGCGUUGGAGAGGGAAAUUGGAAGGUAUUUUUGGCGCAAACAACGGGGUCUCAACUUGGCCUAAUGGUCGGUCUAUAACGAAUACUGAAGAAGGGGAGGGCUAAUUACGGAUCUGCCUUUUUCGGCCUUGCUGCUACAGAACCUAUGGGUAGUUGAGCUGGGCGAAUUGGCCCGUCCAACGUGUUGCCUUUAGG